GAGUCACAGUGGUGGUUAAAAACCUGCGGUUUACACGAGAGUGAAAACAGGGCGAGCGCUGUUCAGCAGGAAGUCGAACUAUAGCUACUGAGUGCGCAUGCUCCGCAGCUCUCCUCUAUCUAGGGAUGCGUUUGGCUUCUUAAAACGAUGAACAAACCCCUAGGUAGCUGUUGCACAGAAGUGGCCCCCUCCCUCUAGUCUACUUCAAUGAGUGUGAUGGCGACCACUGAUGAGGUCACUGUACCUAUGGGGGAAGUGGUGAUGGUAAAGGACGACAGUGGUGAAGGUGACCCCGAUGACCCUAAUAAGACUCAGGUCAUCCUCCAGCUCCAGCCAAUCACCACUGGAGACGAGUCUGCUGAAACAGAUGCGGCUGUCAUGGCUGUUGAAUCUCAUUCAGAGCAAACUGAGGGAGACGACGUUGAAAUUGGCUGCCCUAUAACGUGUGGUGACUGUAAAGCUGUGUUGCUAGUGAAAAAGUUUGUGUGCCCAGGAAUCAAUGUGAAAUGUGUGAAGUAUGAAGACCAGUUGAUCAGUCCCAAGCAGUUUGUGCACAUUUCUGGAAAAGCUACUCUGAAAGACUGGAAGAGAGCCAUCAGGAUGGGGGGAGUCAUGCUGAGAAAAAUGAUGGAUUCCGGUCAGCUGGACUUCUACCAGCACAGCACUCUGUGCACUAACACAUGUCGCAGCACCAAGUUUGACCUUUUAAUAAACAACACACGCUUCCCUCCUGAUGGCACCGGACUUACCACACCUACAUCCUCUCAAGUUACAGGUCAGGUGAUCCUGGGUAAUGGUGGGGCAGCUGCAGAAGACCGAGCAAAGGUCCUGAGCGGGAAGUUGGACUGGAGCUCAAGUUCAUCGGAGUCUGCAGACAAAAAGGGAUCAGCUGAGAUCUCUGAGGACACACUGAACUUUUGGAAGGGCAUUGCAGAUGUGGGUUUGUUGGGUGAAGUGGUGACCAACAUCAACACGGAGCUUGUGGAGCUGUUAAACAGCGUGCAGCAGCGCAUGGAUCCGGCCAGCCUACAGGACACAGAUUCCUGUCUGGUAGAGGUGGCCGUGCUCAGUAACCUCGCCCAGGUCUUCGAUCUGCUCGAUGUGGUCAAGAAGAUUGUGGAGAGGAGAAAGCAGCAGACGGAUCCCAGUCAGGAGCAGGUGCUCAGCAUGCUCACCAACCUGGAGGUGCAGCUGGAAGAACAGAAGAAGCAGCAGCAAGUACGAGCUCUUCUCACCUGCCCCCAGCCUGCCAAAAACAAAACUCCCACUAAACGCCCGACCAAGCGGCCUCGACUCCAGAGACCUGCCUCCACCACCACCCUCCUGACCACCCCUAUAAACCAGCAAGCCACUCUGCAGCCUCAGCAGUUCACCGUUCUUUCACCCAUCUCGCUGUCCUCAGUGGGGCAGCCAUUCACCGUGGCAGGCCUACCUAUUGCCUCGCUGUCCCAGUCCUCCAACACAGUCACAUUACUCCCUGCCGGCUCGCAGGUCUUCACCCGCUACAUGGUGGCUGGAGAUGGUAAGACAGAAACCAUCACCCUGCAUCCGUCCUCAGGUUUGACACUGGUUGGCACCACCGCUUUGCAGGACUCCAGCCAACUGGGCACAGUAAUGAGCCCCAUGGAGCUGGUGCAGCUAAGCCAGCAGGCCAGCGGUGCAGAGGUGGUGCCCAUAGAAGGCCAAGUGGUAGACGGCACCAUGCUAGUGCAACAGGAGGUGAUGCAGGGGGAAGUGGAGGGCAGCCAGGAACACACGGUCAUUGAGAUCAAUCCAACUCCUGUGGAGCAGGCAGUGGGAGUGAUGGAGCUCCAGCUGACCGGGGAGUCAGGCAGAGAAGGGGCCACCAUGGUGGUCCAGAGUGGGGUGGAGAUGACCAUGUCGGCAGAGACGGAGGAGGAGACUCAGCACCAGCUGCAGGAGGCACACACUGAAAGGGUUCAGGAGGUGCAACUGGAUGCUAGCGGACACCUGUCGCACGUACAGAUAGUGGUGAUAGGAGAAAACACUCAGGAAGAAAACAAGGUCAAAUAAGACACAACCAUCUUUAUCCAGCACAGCAGGUAUGAACUCAUGGACUGAGCCAUCACGGACUCGACAAACUGUAAAUACACAGGAUUUCCAAAUCCACAAAUUGCCUUGGACUAAAACCAAGCUUUAGGGUAGCCAUUUUUCCUUUUUUGUGUCUUUGUACAUGCUCCGCUAAGCUUGUUCAUUUUUAUUGAAGCAAAGAGGGAUCUGCAAUAUAUGAAAUGCUUAUGUUUGUUUUCCAGUUGAAGGUUCGAGCAUAUAAUGACUUGGCUCUAAAAUUUAUAGUUUUGGCCAUUAUUUCUGUUCUUUUUUUUAUUUUAACCCUGUACUCACCAAAGUAACUGCUACUGAAAUCUGGGAACACUGGGACUGUGACUUCAAAGAAACUUGUACGCUUUAAAAUCCACAAAUUUUUGAUGUGAUAAUUGUGAAGUUAAAGAUAAAUGUAUUUAGAAGCUUAACACACACAGCAAAACAUGACGCCUGCAUGUGUUAGAUGAUGUUGAAGUGAAGCAAAUGCUGUGCGAAAUCCCCGCUUUUACUUUGAUUACAAUGUCUACAUAGAGUUUGGGACAGCACAUACUUUGAUCUUAAAUCGGUGCACAUGUUUUGUUUAUGAGCUGUUCCACACCAUCAGUCCAGUUCACAUCAAACUGUUUCACACAAUGUCUUCAUGUCUCUUUUUUCCCGAUUAACCAGACAGGCACAGUAAAAUAUCCAUCAAACAUUGUUUUUCCUCAGUAAAAAGAAAAGUUAAAUAUUUCAAAUCCUGACAGAUAAGAUAAGAGAAUACUUGGAUGUUUUACUUGAAAAUGACCUGAAUUAUAAAUAUAUUUAUUCAAUUUUCUGCUGAUGGACUGAUGGUCCCUGGGGGUCUAAUAAUAAGGAAAAUAAUGGCCAAAAGUAUACAAAUGGGAUCAUGUCUUUAUGAACUAUAAUUUUACUUCAAGCCUCUGCGAACAACCUGAGGUCAGGAGAAAGCACUGUAACAGUAAAGUCAACAUGGACGGCUUUAGAAAAGGUGCUGAUGAUCAGUCAGAUUGGGCAGCGGCAGUCUGCAAGUCCCUUCUGUUCAUCAGACUCGUUACCAGUAACAGUGUUGGUGUUACCUGAGGCUAGGAGGAAUUGCACUCUGUUUUGCGUGGUAGUUUUGCAAACUGUUUUUGUUUUUGCACUGUGUGACAUCCUCGUGGGACUAUAGGAGGAUGUUGGCAGUGAUGCCUGCUCUCGCUCUCAACACUUCAGAGGAAACAGACUGAACUCCUUACUGGAGCGGUAUCAUUUAUCCACAUACUGUAUUCUCAUCAGUUUCAUGCUGCCUGAUAAAUCUUCUCCACUCUUCAUUUAUUGUGAACACCUGUUGCUUUUUUUCCGUAUCUUGGAUAGUGUGAGCUACUGGACUGAUUGUUCAACUGAGGAUAUAAAAGAACAUAAUAUACUCAAUGUCAGACUUGCCUGUAUUUUACACUUGUCAAGUAGUAUUUUAUUUAUUAGCUUUCAAAACUGAAGUUUAAGGAGCAGAUAUGGGUUCAUUUGAGCUCUUGGUUAAAGCUCACAUCAACAAAAACCUGUUCAUGACUUGUGCUUUUUCCAAUAAUUUAAUUUAAAAAGAUAAGAGUAUUUGCAUACUGACUUUGUAAUGUGUUUUAAUAUCAGAUUAAAACAAACCAAAAAAAGA